AUAUCUGGUAUUUGAACACGCCUCAAACCAGCUCUAUGGAACACCAUUACCAGCUAACAAUUGUUUGAAAUGGCUAUUUAUUUGUAGCUGACAGUGUAAAAGUGCUUCUCUUUCUCCGGAUGAACAGAACCUGCAGAACUUACCAGUGAUUCACAUUAACAGGAGACCAUCAUCACCACCAUGGCAAUGUUGACCAUAUCUCUGCUGCUCUGUGCUGCCGUUGCUCUGAAUGGAGCAACAGUUUUAGAACUGUUCCAGGACUUUGAGCAGGCUUUGCUUCUGGGAGCUAAGGGAGAAGAGGAGGGAGUAGUGGCAGCAGAGAACAUGAACCAAUGCCCCACAGGCUGGUUCCAAUUUGGAUCGCGUUGCUUCAUGUUCGUCGAGACUGCAAGGUCAUGGCCCCUAGCAGAGCGCCACUGUGUGUCCCUUGGAGCAAACCUGGCGUCUGUGCACAGCUCUGCGGAGUAUCAAUUUCUACAGGAAGUGGUGGCGAGCAAGACUGGCGGUUUAUCAACUCCCUGGAUCGGAGGAUUUGAUGCUGUUCAGGACAGACUAUGGUUUUGGAGUGACGGCUCUGAAUUUGAUUACCAGAACUGGAAGAAAGGAGAGCCCAAUAAUAGCGGUGGCAGAGAGCCAUGUUUAGUGAUUAACUGGGAAGGUAAAUAUGGCUGGAACGAUAUAAACUGUGGAAGCAGCUUUCCCUCUUUGUGCUCCAAAAGAAUGUGUGAAAUCCAGAAGAACUGAAACCAACAAUGAUACUGCAUAGUGCCAACACCCAACUGAACAGUCUUCAUGGUAAAGUCACAUUUUUUGUAAAGAUGAUUUGUUUCUGUCAACUGUAACUUUGAGUUAGUUGUCGUUCAUAUAUGUUGAGUGAUGCUUUUGUUGUUUAUUGUCAAUAAAACGGGAGUAGACAUUG